AAAUGUUCUAACUUUUGCCUCUUGCGCGUUUCAGGAGGGCCGCGUAAAGGUGGCGGAGAAGACCCCGCCAAGUCCACCGAGCAGGAGGACCGGACUCGACCUCAGAUCCUGUCGGGAUCGGGCUUCUGCAAAUGGUUCAACGUCCGGAUGGGCUUUGGAUUUAUUUCAAUGACCAACAGCGAAGGGAGCCCCGUCGACCCCCCUCUGGAUGUCUUCGUCCACCAAAGCAAGCUGCUGAUGGAGGGCUUCCGCAGCUUAAAGGAGGGUGAGCAGGUGGAGUUCACCUAUAAGAAGUCCUCCAAGGGCCUGGAGUCCCUGCGGGUGACCGGACCUGGUGGGGGACCCUGCGCAGGCAGCGAGAGGAGACCCAAAGGGAAGGUCCCACUCCAGAAACGCAAACCAAAGGGAGACCGCUGUUAUAACUGUGGAGGUCUGGAUCACCAUGCCAAGGAGUGUGACCUGCCCCCCCAGCCAAAGAAAUGCCACUACUGCCAGAGCAUCACGCACAUGGUGGCUCAGUGUCCCCACAAGGCGCUGGCGCCCGCCACCGGCUCUCAGGACCAACAAGCGUCGUCUACCUCGGCCCUCAGCCCGGGGAGCGGGCCCUUCCUCUGCCCCCCAGAGGAGGAGGAGCGCUCCGGCUCGUCUCCCCUCGAGGGCUCCUCCUCCUCCCCCGAGGAGCCACACCCACACCGCGGCCCCCGCACCCAGAGGUGGAGGAAAUCUUGAAUACGGCCCGUAGAGGUGAACCUUUCACCGUUAACCCCUGAC